AAAGACUUGACGGGAUCCUGGAUAGCCGGUGCCAUUCAACCGGGUGACGAUCUGUUGGCCAAACUGUGCUUUAUGAUGAAUUAUGCACAAGUUGAAGGAGCAAAAAUGGAUUGAUUGAAGCUCUAAUUGGCUAUUAUUCCAUGGAGAGCCUAGUGCAUUACAGCAAUCCCUCCCAUGCCCUCUCAGUGUUAGGGUCUCUCAAUGAGCAGCGUCUGCGGGGCCAGAUGUGUGAUGUAGUCCUGGUUGUGGCGGACCAGAGGUACCGGGCCCAUAAGAGUGUUCUGGCUGCCACCAGUGAGUAUUUCCAGUCCCUGUUCACACGGAUGGAUGCAGAGUCACUGAAAGUUGUAAACCUGGACUUCUGUGAGCCUGACGCCUUUGAGAUAGUUCUGAAUUACAUUUACUCCGCCUCGCUUUUUGUGGACAAAGGCAGCCUGGCAGCCAUUCAAGAGCUGGGCUACAGCCUGGGAAUCCCUUUCCUCACCAACAUUGUGUCAACAAGGCCACACGCAUCCUACUGUGUGUCAAGAAAAAGGCUUUCGUUCUCAGAAGGGGAGGAGAACGAUGUCCAGACAAGGAGCGUCAUUGUGCGUCGGGUCCGGAAUGACACACCCAAUCCCUCGCACUUAAAUUAUCCGAGAAAAACAUCGGAGAGAUCAUUAUCUCCCCACUCUACUCGAGAGUCAGCUCUGCCUCCAUCAGUACACAACUCAUAUGAAUCAGUCCGAAACUCUGACUCCAUCAGCAGGAAAUCAUCUGAACAGAGUGAAGCUGCAGGGAGGAAGUCCACCUAUCCAUACGCAUCCAUAUUAAAAGGGAACUCAUCCCACAUCACAUCUGUUAGGCCCCAGCUGACAUCAUCAGUGUCUUUCAGUGAUGCGGAAGUGCAGCACAUCAGGCUGCAGUCUGGCACUGACCAGGACACUAAACAGGAGAAUGACGAGCUGGAGACCCACUAUCACACCAAAGUGCCCUUUCAGGGUCGGGCCCCUGAGCCAAGCCAGACCAUUGACAGGAGCGGGCCGCUCAUAAAAAGCCUACUCCGAAGAUCAUUAUCCAUGGACAGCCCUGUUCCAGUCUUCUCACCCACACUGGAGCUCAAGGUGCUGCAAAAUCGUGAACAGUCGGUUGUUAAAAUGGCAUCAAAAGCAUCCGGGCCAGAAACGUCUGCUCACAAUGGCAAUUCAAAAAGAUCAUCUCCGCUGGUUCUCAGGUCAAAGUACCCCAGCAGGUACGAUGAAAAAACUCAGGUAGAAAGAGAGGUCAGUGUGAAGGCUGAGCCCAGCAGUCCACUCGCUGAUCCCAUGGACAUUGUUCGAAUUACAGUUGGAGAUGCACUGCCGGUCAAUCUUAAAGACUUGCAAACAAAUUACGACCAAGGUUCCAGGCCAGACUUCAAUCCUUUCGGGAAAAGGAAGGACAACAGAAGGUACCCAUUCAAGAAGAACAAAAUAUUUAAAGAACAUACCCUCCCACUUGAUGAGAAAAUGUCAGAAACAGUACCUCAGAGUGCCAGCAGCGACUCCAAUGAAAACUGUGGGGAACCGCCUCAGAACAAGAUUUUCAAAUGCUGGAACUGUUUAAAGGUUUUCAGGUCCAGUGCUGGGCUACAUCGUCACGUAAAUAUGUAUCACAACCCUGAAAAGCCGUAUGCUUGCGACAUCUGCCACAAGCGCUUCCAUACCAACUUCAAAGUGUGGACUCACUGCCAAACUCAGCAUGGUGUAGUACAAAACCCAGCCUCAUCCUCCAGCUCCUCUGUACUGGACGAUAAAUUUCAAAAGAAGUUGAUAGAUAUUGUGCGAGAGAGGGAAAUAAAGAAAGCCUUGCUUUGGAAGUUAAAGAGGAAUAAGCAGGGGUUGCAGUCCCCUGCACUCACCAAAAAGAGAUCAAGGCCUAGCUUCAUAUGUCCUUACUGUGGGAAAGUAUUUGUGUUCCAGUCUCAGUACAGACAGCAUUUAAGGACACAUCCUGCUGAAAAAGCUGACCAGGACGCAGCGAACGAGAGUAUCCUCUACCAGGAACAGGAUGAGAACGUUCAACAGAAGAGCACAGACGCUGGUGUUUACUCCUGCCGACUUUGCAAUAUGAAGCUGUCUUCGCUCUUCGAGCAGGGCGACCACGAGAGGGGCUGUCGGCAUGCAACUGUGUGCCCCUACUGUGGCCUCCGAUUCUCCAGUCCAACAGUCAAGAAGGACCACGAGGCACAUUGUAAGUACAAGAAACUGACGUGCCUGGAAUGCAUGCGGACCUUCAAGACCUCCUUCAGCAUAUGGCGCCACCAGGUGGAGGUCCACAACCAAAACAUGAUGACAGCUAAAGAGCAGAUUCACCUGAAGCAACAAGAGAACAGUGAAGAGGCGUCUGAAAUGCUCAUAGAGGAGCAUUACAGUGAUGAGCCUCUAGCACCCGGGAGCUCAAGAGAGAUCAUCACUUACAGUGACUCCUCAGGUCCACCCAUGUACGAUUCAGACUCCUCAUCCUAUGUGCCUGAGGACCUGAGCAUGGGCCAUCACGGCAGGCUGGUAGUGAAAGAAGAGCCGGUAGAGGAGGCUGUGAGUGAGAUGGAAAACACAGAGACUGCCAAAUCUGGGCCUGAGGAAGCCGGUGUCUGGCCAUGCGAGAAAUGCGGGAAUCUUUUCAGCUCUCGCAAAGACCUGGAACGACACCAGGAGCUGCUAUGCCACAUCAAACCAUUCAUCUGUCACAUCUGCAACAAAGCCUUCAGGACCAACUUCCGCCUUUGGAGCCACUUCCAGUCUCACAUGUCGACUGCUAACGAACCCGGAGCCAAAGAGAUCGACAGAGCCCCCUCGCCUCUGUCUCCCUCCCCCCCCACGACCCCUCAGACCUCUGAACGUCCCUCCCCACAAGCCUCUGUGCUCAAAUCCACCCAGACGGCGGCCGCGCCAGUCACUGCAGUAAUGGCCGAGGAGUCCAGCAGCCCAGAGCCCUGUGGCUCCUCAGGAAGCAAGACGAAGAGGCCUGAACUAGAACGGCAACCCAGCAGCCACAGCCCUCUGUCAAGGUCCAACAGCAUGGAGAACGCAGGUGGCCCUCAGGAAUCCGACACACUCUUUUACCAUGCACCGUCUCUCUCUGCCCUGACGUUUAAGAGGCAGUACAUGUGUAAACUCUGUCACAGGACCUUCAAGUCGGCCUUUAGUCUCUGGAGCCAUGAGCAGAGUCAUAGCCACGUGUAAGCAUCAGACGAGUUACAGUAGUGCAUUUCUCUCAAUCGACGAUACUUAAUAUUCGUGUAAACACACCUCAUCCUACAAAAGGAAGACUUUGAAUGUAUAGCUUAUCUGCUUGCCUCCAAUGUCCUAUAUAUUAAAGUGGCCAUGUUCAUUAGAGGUGUAAACGUGAAUGUGCAAUCAAGUGCUAGAUUCCUCUGUGAGACAAGAUGAUUCUAACUGGUUUAUUUUUCUUUCAAAAUGAGCUAUAAGCAUUUAUCUAUUUUAAAGCUCUUUUAGUUGUCUACUUGUAUUUACCUAUCUAGGUGUUUUGAGAAAACAAGGUACAGAGUUGCACCCCUCAUUACUUGUACCACUUAAGGUACAGUAACAACUAGGGUUGUACCGCAUAGUUCAAAACUUCAUUCACAGCGUUGAGAUUCAAAUUCUAAGUCAACAAUGAAAUGCUGCGCAAAACCCGGUAUUUUUGCACAGUUGCAGAUGAAGAUUAGGCUGUACUUUUAUUAUUAGUAUUAUAAUAUUUGUAGAAUUAAUAUUCCAGUGGUGGCUGCAUAGGAUUGUUUUUCGGCUUGGGUGAUCCAAACAUUUCCAAUAACUCCAGAGCAUUGUUUCUGCCGUAGCAUACUGUUGCUAUAAGCCUCAGGGCGUUAUAUUAUGAUCUCAUCAUGAUUUUAUUCCCUUAUUAGAUAGCGUUCUGCCUACAUGCAUUUAUGUUGAUGCAACUGAAAAUGUAUAUUCAUUAAAGAAAGUUGAUUUGAUUGGAAAAGACAAACUUUUUUAAGGGUGAUGAUAUCACCCUUUGUUUUAGUGGGAAAACAAAUUGUUUUUACAUUCGGUACAACCCUAGUAACUGUAUCAUUGUUUUCUCAAUGUGGAAAAAGUGCUUCAGAGUUUUGGAGGCUGCGUUUGAUUUAAAGAGUAGUGCUUUUUGCUUUUGUAUCAGAUCUAUCUCUUGGUGUGAGUGACACCCUUAAGAUAAUAUUGGUGGCCUCAACAAUGUUUUCAAUAUGCACUUUGUAUAACAGUUUGAUUCUGUUAGAGGGGGACAUAGUCCAAAAUGUUUGCAUGGAUCCUUUCUAGGGGUGCACGAUUCAGAAAAUGUCACUAUUCGACUCGAUAUUGAUUUUUAGGCUCAAGAUUCGAUUCAGAAUCAAUUUUCGAUUAAAAAACGAUUCUCAAUUAAAAAAACGAUUCACAGUAUGUAAAGGUAGUUACUUUCCCCAUGUGAUUGCAGUAGACAUACAAUAAAAAAAAAUAUAGAUUUUUAAAUAUUAAUCGUUUUUUUGAAUUCUAUGAAUUGAUUCUUUUGAAUCGCGAUUUGAAUAUGAAUCGAUUUUUGUUGCACACCCCUGAUCCUUUCACUGACUGAGGUUUUAGGCUGCAGAAGUAGACAUGAUAAAUAGGCCAAUUCAGUAGUUUCUGUUUUGUUUCUUCAUACUUAGCAUUCCUUUGCAUUAGUUCUCUCACAUUUGAGGUCCGUAUUGCCUUUGCGUCAUUUUGUUUAACGGGCUGAUUGACUGACGAAUGAGACCUUUUUAGUAUAAUAAAAAAAAAAAAGUUCUAUCACAAACUGUACAUCAAACACACCUCAAGACACCUUGUUGUUGUUUUAGGCCUAGCAUUUCAGUAUGCAGCCUGGAUUUAUUGCUUACAGUCUUCAUUCAGUUCUUUCAUUUUUCUUCCUAACUACCAGCCCGGUGAAUCCUUUUCAUGUGUCUACAAAUGACUGAGACAAUCGUCACUCAUAGGAUUUGAGAAAGUUUUUUUUUUUUCCACGGGUAAAUGACUAUAAAGCAUUCUAAAUGUUGCUGGAAUAGGUGAAAUAGGUGCUCAGGCCAGCUUACUAGUAAAAAUGCUACACUAGUACUUGAACCAUGUUCACUUUCUGGAUUGACCGCAUCUCCUUCAUUACCAAUACUGUCUCAGUACUUCAAGUCAAACUGCAGUAUAAUAUUGCAAUUUAUGGUUAUACUCAAAUAAUAAAUAUGAAAAUGAUAUUAUUAAUGUUACAUAGUCCACCGCCCCCGGUACCAACACCAGUGUGGUAAUUAACCAAGCUUUACAAUGCUUUGAUGGCCUUAUGCAACUUUGAGAAUAUUUUGUUCGAUAUUAUUUUACAUGAAAGCACAAUAGAGAUUCAGAUGACGUAUGACUCAGGCUUUUCAAGAACAGGGGAGCAUGAUAAAGGAAAUAUUUUAUUCUAUGAAUGGCGAGAAAGUGUUCCUGCUUCCUAAAGGUUAUUAUUGUUAAAGAUUGUGUUGAUUGUAUUCCAGUUGUUUCACAAUUGUAUUCUUGUACAAGUACGUAGUUCCGCUUUGGUUUGAUGGAUUAGACCUUUGUCAUAAUUUAUUACAAUUGCUACAAUUUGGGAGAUGUUGCAUUCAAAGAGUGCUCCACACAAACUAUGGGAAUUUGUUUUCCUCUAAAUGAGCAACGUGAGCUGCAUUGUGAUGUUAAAUUCUUUGGAGGAAUUCUGUAUUGAUAAUAGUGCUCUUAAUUUCUUGUGAUAAAAAAACUUUCUGAAAGUUUCACAGAAAUGGUUAGAAUUGUGUACAUGGAAGUGUUUGUAUCCUUGAUUUUGUACCAAUUUUGUUAGUAAACUAAAGUUUGAUCUUUUUAGUAUUCCUGUGCUCUCACUGCAAUAAUGAAUAUUUGUAUCAGCAUUGGUUGCAUUAUUGUUGCUUUUUUGAAACUCGCAGCUGUUUUGUGUUUAGGUUUUUCUACAGUUUUUGUGCUUCUUUUCUGUAAUAAAGAGUAACAAUGGAGUAUAUACAA